UAUAGUUAUCAAAGUAAAGAAAAGCAAAUAAUAAAUUGUAUUUUUAUUAAUUUUUAAAUUUAUUUGUGCUUCUUUUCAUACAUCUGUUUUUUAACUGCCUAUUAUAAAUAAAUUUUAGUAACCAUGGAUGCAUUUAACAAUUGGCGAAUCGACAUGAUGGUCAUAUGCCAAGAAUGUUAUGUCGGUCGAUUAUAGUUACAGUGUACUCUCUCUUUUCAAGAAAAAAACGGUUCCAUGCAAUGUGAUGAGUGUGGGUGAAAACGAUCGUGCGAGGUUUACAAAACCGAUGAGUGACAGAGAAAAAAAGCAAUGGUUUUAUUACCCCUGCUGUCAAACUCAUCACUACCGACAUGUCUGAAGAAUCUUGCACGCGUGACAUUAACAAGAGACUUUGUCAGGAACCAAUAUAUUCACAAUUUACCGCCAACAAUUUUAACGAAAAUCAUUGGAAAUAAUAAAGGAAAAGCUUUCAGGAAAGAUGCGACUUCUGGUUCGGGUGUACAAAGAAUAGUUAAUUUCGUUUCACCGUGCUUACGAGAAGACCUCUUAUGUAAGGCGUCGGAACCAGUUAGAGAUUGUUGCCAUAAAGUCACUAUUGUCGGUGCUGGUAUGGUCGGCGUUGCUCUCGCCAAUUCACUUCUUUUUCAGCGAAUCACUUCGCACAUUGCAAUGGUAGAUGUCUUUCCUAAAAAACUGGAAGGAGAAGGAAUGGACUAUAGUCAUAGUUCUGUAUUCAUAGGAGAUCCAAAGAUCGAGUAUGACACAGAUUUUUGUGUGACGAGUAAUUCGAAAGUUGUAGCUAUUUGCGCGGGUGUAAAGCCAGUAAAGGGUGAAACUCGACUUGACUUGGUAAAAAGAAAUACAGAAAUAUUGAAAACCAUAAUACCACCUCUAGUAAAUUACAGUCCAAAUGCGGUAUUUCUCAUCAUCAGCAAUCCAGUGGAUAUCUUAACAUGGGUCACUUGGAAAAUAAGUGGACUUCCGGUCCAUCAAGUAAUCGGCAGCGGAACUCAUCUAGAUAGCGCAAGGUUUCGCUAUUUGAUUGCUGAUCGAUUAGGAAUAGCGCCGAGUUCAGUCCAAGCGUACAUCAUUGGUGAACACGGGGACAGUAUGGUUCCGCUCUGGUCUGGAGUGAACGUUGCGGGAGUACAGUUCCGCGAUAUUAUUCCGAAUAUCGGUUUGGAAACGGAUGAUGAAAGGUGGUACGAAAUAGCGAAACAUGUAGUGAAACUAGGUGCUAUGGUGCGAUGUCUAAAAGGAUAUUCAAAUACAGCCAUUGGACUUUCUGCAGCCGACAUUAUAAUAGCUGUAUUACGCAAUACACAAGCUAUUAUACCAGUUUCGACUCUAGUGCAGGGUCAUCACGAAGUAUGCCACGAUAUGUUCCUGUCUUUACCUUGUGCGAUUGGUGAAAAUGGUAUUACGCAGAUAAUACGAAUGCAUAUGACCGAAUUUGAGAAAAAGGCGUUCCAGGGUUCGGCAAACGCCGUCUAUAACGCGCAGAAGGACAUCAAAGUCGGAUAGUGGUGCGCAGAAAGAGAUCGUGUGAAUAUGUUUAAUUUCUUGUAAAAAAUGUGAUGUGUAAUAAAUUAUACGUAGCUUGUCCCAACGCGCGCUUUGUCCCGUUACAAUCGCCACCGCAAACCGUUUACUGAACAAUUGAAUCCUUUGUCGACUCAAGCAAGGAGACACGCGGCAACCACGAAUGCUCCCAUUGCUAAUUUAUGCAAAUCGGGACGGAGACUACCAAUGAAU